CUCGUCCCGCCCUCCCGCUCCUUCGAGGCUUCCACGCGAUCGCCAAGCCACGCCGCUUCUCUUGGGAGCGAAUAUUCAAAUUGGGCCAAUAUAUAUAGCCUUGCGCCUUGAUCUCUACUACUGCUAUUUGCAACAAGUCUUUCACUGGCAAAAGAAAAUCCAGCAGUCUCAAACUGCAUUUAACUUCGUUUGCCCAAUCUUUGAGCCUUAUACUGAGAUCCAGAGUCGCGGCAUAAAAUGGAUGCUGCCAAGACCCCGCACUCCGCCAAUCCAUGGACGGCUGAUAUUUCUGACGAGAAUACAAAGAUUACAACAUCAUCGCUAUUGCUUGUACUUGAGGGCGUUGCAGUGGCCACCAAGGCGCCUGGUAAAUAUGUUGAGCCACUGGUUGAAUGGCUGCAGCAGCGUCAACAUACAUCCGAUGCAGCCAACAAUCCUGAUGCAGCUCUUCCCUUUCGCGAGUGGCUUGCAGCAAUAAUCUCUAACCCCCGAAACUGCAAUGAUGGAACCAGGCAGCUUGUCCAAGUUACUCUAGCCGUUGCACUACUGCGAGAGAAGGCUCGGGGCGGUCAAAAUUUGGACGGGGCGAGUAUCGAUUCGAUAUGGAGCCCAAUCUACGAAGCUAUCAUCAGUGCACGAGACACAGAGCUUCAGUUCACUGUUUCUCGCAGCGCGCAGGGAUUCUUGGCUGUACCGCUGUGCAGCCUCGUCAAAGACGGACGCAUUCAGGAGCUGUGGCGGCUACACACUUGGCUCCCUGACGGGCAACGGGGUGUCUCUGAGGAGGUGUGUAUUCAUGCUCACCAGCCAUACGGACAGAGCUGGAUAUUGCUGGGCUCUGGCACAGACUGUACCUUCGAAGUUGACACCCCUGCCGAUUCCUCAUUGACUACUCAUGCGGUUUAUGAGUGUUGUUACUGCGCGGCAGACGGCAAACAGAACGGCACGGGAUAUCAGACCCACCAGAUGAGUUCGACAAUUAGGAGCACAGGAAGGCUCGUGAGAGUGACACCGGCGAGUCGUAUAUCGCACUCGCGCGACAUGACUUACAGUGUACCCGGUGGCGCCUACCAUCGCUCCAUCGUACCGGGCGGCAGGCUUCACGCUACGCUUUUUGUCUUUGAUGCACAUCGGGGAUAUGACGAUGCAGCCGCCGUGCUUGGUCCGAAGGAUGGCGGCGAGUGGGUUCAGCCCCGUGAUCCGGAUGGUAUCACGGCCGAAGUCCUCGCUCAGAUUGUGGACGCAACCCGAAAGUGGGAGCAAGCACAUGGAGCCGCUUCUGAAGGAGAUGAUGAACACGACACUGUGAUGGGAUAUUAUAGAUAUUUUCGGGGCAUGGCACUCCUCAAAGAUGAAGGUCAAGAAAGUGCUUUGCAGUAUUUAAAUCCCCCAGAGAGUUGUACACCAGCCCAAGCAUUUACUCAUGAACCCUCUAUGCAACAUCAAACAUACAUCACGGAGCUUAUGAAAGCAGGGGUAGUUAGUUCAUGAUAUAUCAGCUCAAUAUAACAAACCGUAUUCUUGUGCUUAUAUCCAUCCGUCGGAUAAUAAAGAUUCUAUCUAUGGGGACGGUUAGUGACGGGGUUAAUGGAUAAGUUAGGGUCAACGGUUAGCAUUAGUUAUACUAUUGUUUAAGUAAGUUAGAGCAGACAGCGAAGACGGUAGGCUAUUAUAACGGCAAAUAGAUAUUGAAAGGAGUCUGCCGGUUCAUACAAUGUCUCUCCCAAGCAAUUUGCUCUGCCUCACCAAAAAAUCGAUUUUCGGUCUGUCCAGCUUCUCCUCUGUGAGUUUCAAAUUGCCUACGUCCAGGACGUGACUCGUAUCGCCUGCCUUGAAAGAACCAUCACAGUCCUCCCACCAUUGGUGUAGUCCGUAUGAUUCCACAAUUGCACGCAUUAGCAUAACCUCGACUGCACACCAUGCU